AUGUCGGGAUUACUUCUGCUGGCUGAAAUGCUGACAGUGGCUGGGGCUGAGCAAGCGUGUGACGUUGAAGAAUUCCUCUGUGCCGAUGGACGCAGCUGUGUUUCAGAGAACUGGCUCUGUGACGGGGAGCUAGACUGCCCUGACGGCUCUGAUGAAGCAUCGACCAUAUGCUUCCAGCAGGUAAAGGUGAGAUGUCCCGUCAAUCACAUCCAGUGUCUCGGCACACAAAGGUGUGUUCAUUUCAGUAAACUCUGCAACGGGUUGUGGGACUGUGAGGACGGCUACGACGAGGGUGUGCACUGCCGCGAGUUGGUGAGUAGCUGCCAGGAGCGGAGGUGUCAGUUUGAUUGUGUGAUCAUGAGGAACGGAACGUCCUGUUUCUGUGGGGAAGGUUUCGAACUAGAUGAGGACGGGAGAAGAUGUCGAGAUCAUGAUGAAUGCAGGGAUUACGGGACAUGCAGUCAAAUCUGUAUGAACACUCAGGGAUCGUACAGAUGCGCUUGUACAGAUGGCUUUAGCUUGCAGGCCAACAGACGAUCCUGCAAAGCCAAAACGGAUCCUGGUGAUAAACCUCUGGUUCUGUUGACAGCAAAUAUUAAUUCUGUAUCAAUUGUUUACCUCAACGGUUCAUCUAUGCCAAAUAUCAAGUCCAUGGAGACAAAUGGGACUCAAAUAUUGGACUUUAUUUAUAGAGACGAGUCACUCUGCUGGCUCUCUACAGCACAGCAUACAGGUCAGCUAUGGUGCGCCAGAGUGACCAAACUUAAAGGAUUUUCAGAAAAACAUCAGAUAAGGAUAGGUCAGAACUUACAAAAUGUGGAACAUAUGGCCAUUGACUGGUUGACGGGAAACUUCUACUUUGUAGACAGAGUAAACGACCAGAUAUUCGUUUGUAGCGAACAAGGGGACACAUGUGUUACAAUUAUUGAUUUGGACAUCCAGAACCCCAAAGGCUUAGCACUGGAUCCCAUAAUGGGAAAACUAUUUUUCACCGACUAUGGGACAGUAGCCAAGGUGGAACGUUGCAACAUGGAUGGCACCAACCGAACCAGGAUAGUGGAAUACAAAACUGAACAGCCUACCGCUGUUACAUUAGACUUGAUCAAGAAACUUGUCUACUGGGCGGAUGCUUAUCUGGAUUUUAUCGAAGUUGUGGAUUACAAUGGCAAGAACAGACACACAGUCAUCCAAGGCAGCUCAGUGUCGCAUCUGUAUGGAUUAGCACUUUUUGAAGAUUACCUGUUUGCGACGUGCUCCAAACCCUCCAGAGAGAGCAAGAUGGACAUAUUUAGGAUAAACCGUUUUAACAGCAAUGAGACAAACACCGUUACUACUAUGGAAAGUGCCAGAGUUGUCCGUGUUUAUCACCGAUUGGCUCAACCUACAGUCAGGACUCACGCGUGCAGCUCUGACCAACAAGGGAGAAAAGGAGGCUGCUCACAUAUCUGUCUCCUGAGCCACAACUACAAAUCACAUGUGUGCCGAUGUCGGACUGGCCACGUUCUUGCCAGUGAUGGGAAGUCUUGCAAAAAGCCAAAGAAUGAGCUGUUCCUGUUUUAUGGAAAAGGUCGACCUGGGGUUAUCCGAGGAUUGGAUAUAAAAAUCAAGUCUGGCAAUGAACAUCUGAUUCAAAUCGAAGGGCUGGUGAGUCCCCGUGCACUGGACUUCCACGCUGAGAGCAGCUUCAUAUAUUUUGCAGACACCACCAGCUUCCUAAUCGGACGGCAGAAAAUUGACGGAACAAGUCGGGAAACAAUACUUAAAGAUGACCUGGAUAAUGUGGAAGGGAUUUCGGUGGAUUGGAUCAGUAAUAACCUGUUCUGGACAAAUGAUGGUUAUAGAAAGACCAUCAGCGUGGCUGGGCUGGAUCGUCCCUCGCAGACGAGGAAAACACUUUUGGAAGGGAAUAUGUCUCAUCCCAGGGCUAUUGUUGUGGAUCCUCUGAAUGGAUGGAUGUAUUGGACAGACUGGGAGGAGGAUGAGUUGAUUGACAGUAGAGGAAGGAUAGAGAAAGCCUGGAUGGAUGGAUCUCAUCGUCAGAUCUUUGUCACAUCCAACAUGCUUUGGCCUAAUGGCCUCACCCUGGACCACUCCUCGAAUACUAUGUACUGGUGUGAUGCCUACUAUGACCACAUCGAGAAGAUUUACCUCAACGGCAGCCACAGAACGGUGGUGUACAGCGGAAAAGAGUUGAAUAACCCAUUUGGGAUUGCCCAUUACCAGAAUUGCAUAUUCUGGACUGAUUACAUGAAUGCCUCGAUAUUCCGCCUGGAUUUGACAUCCAAUGAUGUGGCACUAAUGCGGGCGGAACAACCACCUCUCUUCGGAAUUCAGGUGUAUGAUCCACAGAGCCAGAAAGGUAGUAACCAAUGUUCUGCAAAUCAUGAUGGCUGCAGCCCUUCGGCUCUCUGUCUGGCCACACCGGCAGGUCGCGUGUGCACUUGCGCAGACGGCCAACAUCUGGAGAAAGAUAACAUCACCUGUUCAUCCCCAUUAGAGGUCACCAAGACUAAACGUUGUGGUCCAGCGGAGUUUCAGUGUCGAAAUCAGCGUUGUAUUCAGCUCUCGUGGAAGUGUGAUGGGGAUGAUGACUGUUCGGACAGCAGUGAUGAAGAGCCGCACCUCUGUUCUAAUCGCAGUUGCCCAGCGGACCAAUUUAAAUGCUUGAACAACCGUUGUAUCCCAAAGAGAUGGCUGUGUGAUGGCACCGAUGACUGCGGCAGCAACGAAGACGAGUCCAACCGCACCUGUUCUGCCCAGACCUGCCAGCCGGGCCAGUUUCCCUGUGAGAAUGGACGCUGCAUUCCUGAGUACUGGCGCUGUGACCGAGAUGAUGACUGUGGGGAUCAGUCGGAUGAGUCUUCGUCAUGUGAUUUCCCGACGUGUGAACCGUUGACCCAGUUCAGCUGCACCAAUGGGAAAUGCAUCAGUGUGAAAUGGCACUGUGAUUCUGAGGAUGACUGUGGGGAUGGCAGUGAUGAGGUGGGGUGCAUUCACGCCUGUUCGGUGGCUCAGUUUCAGUGCUCCAGUGGGAAGUGUAUUCCUGAGCACUGGAUGUGUGACGGAGACAAUGACUGUGGUGACCUCAGUGACGAAAAUGCCACCUGCUCGAGAACAGCGCUCUCCGCUGUUAAUGACUGCAGCGAGAAAGAAUUCCAUUGCCAUGGUGAUGGCACAUGCGUCCCUGAGCUCUGGCGCUGUGAUGGUGAUAAAGACUGUGAAGACGGCAGCGACGAAUUUGCCUGUGAAGGAGACAAGAGAAUGUGUGACCCCAAAGCGAAGUUCACCUGCAAGGUCUCAGGUAAAUGCAUCAGCAAAGACUGGGUAUGCGACGGGGACAUUGACUGCGAAGACCAAUCAGACGAGGAGGGAUGUGAGGUGUCUGUCUGUAAACCUCCAAAGUUUCCCUGUGCCAAUGACACGUCCGUCUGCCUUCCCCCAGAACGAAUCUGUAAUGGUUGGAGAGACUGUGCAGACCACUCUGACGAGGGACCCUAUUGUGAUGAGUGCUUUGUACGUAAGGGUGGUUGCAGUCAUGAGUGCUCAGUGGCACCAGGUAUAGGGGUGGUGUGUUCCUGUCCGGCCGGGUUCCAGCUUGCAUCAGACGGCCAUACCUGUGAGUUGCUGGAUUACUGUAGCAAACACUUGCGCUGCAGUCAAGUGUGUGAACAACAUAAGAGCACUGUGAAGUGCUCCUGCUAUCCAGGCUGGAGUCUGGAACCUGAUGGAGACAGCUGCCACAGCACAGAUCCUUUUGAGGCGUUCAUCAUUUUUUCCAUCAGGCAUGAAAUUCGGCGUAUUAACCUGCAAAGAGGCGACUACAGCCUGUUGGUUCCUGGACUCAGAAACACCAUUGCAUUGGAUUUCCAUUUUAGUCAGAGCUUGCUUUACUGGACCGAUGUUGUAGAAGACAAAAUCUACCGCGGGAAGCUGUCAGAGACUGGAGGUGUUUCAGGCAUUGAGGUGGUUGUCCAGCAUGGGCUAGCCACCCCAGAGGGGCUAGCUGUGGAUUGGAUUGCGGGAAAUCUCUAUUGGAUCGACAGUAACCUGGAUCAGAUCGAAGUGGCCAAGCUGAAUGGUGACUUACGAAGCACCCUCAUCGCUGGUGGUAUGGAACACCCUCGGGCGAUAGCUGUGGACCCAGGCCAGGGUGCUCUCUUUUGGACUGAUUGGGAUGCCACAUUCCCCCGUAUCGAAGGUGCUUCCAUGACCGGGGACCAACGGCAUGUGGUUUUUAAGGACAUGGGCACUGGCGCCUGGCCCAACGGACUCACCCUGGACCACAUGGAGAGAAGAAUAGUGUGGACAGAUGCCCGAUCUGAUGCUAUAUACUCCGCUCUAUAUGAUGGCACAGGGAUGAUUGAAAUACUUCGAGGUCACGAGUUUCUCUCUCACCCCUUUGCCGUGUCUCUCUUUGGGGGAAACGUCUAUUGGACCGAUUGGAGGACCAACACAUUGACUAAAGCCAACAAAUGGACCGGGUCCAACGUGACAGUGAUCCAAAAAACCAGCGCCCAACCCUUCGACCUGGAGAUCUACCACCCCAGCAGGCAGCCAGAGUCUUCUAACCCAUGUGAUGGUAACAGUGGAAGAGGCCCAUGUUCUCACCUCUGUCUUAUAAAUUACAAUGGUACUGCAUCUUGCUCCUGUCCACAUCUCAUGAAAUUGUCGGCGGACAACCGAAGCUGCCAAGGUGUGAAGAGAUUUCUAUUAUAUGCUCGGAGAUCUGAGAUUCGAGGAGUGGACAUAGACAAUGCAUACAUCAAUAUCAUCACAGCCCUUACUGUACCUGAUAUCGAUGAUGUCACGGCAAUGGAUUAUGAUGUGAUAGACGAAAGGAUUUAUUGGGCCGACGUGAAGACCCAAACAAUAAAAAGGGUGUUCAUUAACGGAACCAAACUUGAAACCGUCAUGUCUGGAGAUCUGUCCAAUGUCCGUGGCCUGGCUAUUGAUUGGCUGUCCCGAAAUAUGUACUGGAUGAGCUCAGACAACGACGAGACCCACAUAAACAUUGCCCGUUUGGAUGGAUCUCUCAAAACUACUGUCGUUCACGGCAUGGACAAACCCAAGUGCCUUGUCUUGCAUCCAUCUAAAGGGAAGAUGUUCUGGACGGAUGGGAGCACGAUAAACAUGGCUAACAUGGAUGGCAGUAACAUCAAGAUUUUGCACCAGAACCAAAAAGAGCCAGUUGGGCUUUCAAUAGACUACACAUCCAAUAAGCUGUACUGGAUAAGUUCUGGAAACGGAACCAUAAAUAGGUGUAACCUGGAUGGGAGUGGCCUUGGUGUGAUUGACAGUCUGAAAAAAGAGUUACGGAAAGCUACCGCAUUGGCUGUGAUGGGUGGGAAGUUGUGGUGGGCCGAUGAUGUUCUCGCUCAGCUUGGGACGGUUAACAAGUGGGAUGGAAAAAACCUGACAGUUCUUCGGAAUAAGACCACUAGCGUGGUCCACAUCAAAGUGUACGACAAAGACAGUCAGAAAGGUCGGAACCUGUGUGUGCCCAACAAUGGUGGUUGUUCCCAGCUUUGCCUGCCCACCUCUGAAAAUACUCGGACAUGCUCUUGUACUAUGGGCUACAACCUUCGGCCCGACCGGUCCACCUGUGAAGGUGUUCAGUCUUUCCUGAUGUACUCGGUUAAUGACGGUAUAAGAGGACUAUCUAUUGAUCCCAGUGACAACUCUGAAGUUUUGAUGCCUCUAACUGGCACUCUAUUUGCUGUGGGUCUCGACUACCAUGCCGGAAAUGACACGUUGUACUGGACAGACAUGGGUUCAAACAAAAUUUCUAGAUCCAGUCGUGAUCAGACCUGGCGAGAGGACAUUAUAACAAGUGGUCUUGGACGUGUUGAAGGACUUGCGGUGGACUGGAUCGCAGGUAAUUUAUACUGGACGGACCAUGGCUUAAACCUCAUUGAGGUAGCUCGACUGAACGGUAUGUACCGUGCCGUGGUAAAAUCCGAGGGACUUGAUCAACCCAGGGCCAUUGCGGUACACCCGGUGAAAGGGUUUCUCUUCUGGACAGAAUGGGGCCAGAGCCCAACUAUUUCCAGGUCUCGUUUGGAUGGUUCUGACCAAUCUGUGCUUGUUAGCACCGGACUAGCCAGGCCUAAUGGCAUCUCCAUAGACUACCAGGAAAACAAAUUAUACUGGUGUGACUCCCGCAACAACAAGAUAGAGAGAAUCAACCUUGAGAGGGGAGAACAGAGAGAGAUUGUCUUCUCUGCGAGCGGUGUGGAUAUGUUUUCCUUAGCAGUCUUCGGUGCUUACCUCUUCUGGUCUGACAGAGCUUAUGCCAACGGAUCCAUCCGCCGUGCCUCCAAGAACGAUGCUUUGGAUGUGGUGACUAUCAGGAGUGGUCUGGGUGUCAGUCUGAAAGAUGUGAAGGUCUUUAACCAGGAUCGGGAGAAAGGCACGAACCCUUGCAGCAGAGCUAACGGAGGAUGCCAGCAGCUUUGUUUUUACUUGGGGAAUAACCGGAAAACAUGUGCCUGUGCCCAUGGAUAUCUUGCUUAUGAUGGGUUUAAGUGCAACAGGUACGAGGGUUACCUACUGUACUCUGAGAGGACUGUACUGAGGAGCAUUCACCUGUCGGAGGAAAAUAACCUCAACUCACCUGUAAUGGCGUACAAGAACCCGACUUAUUUUAAAAACAUUAUUGCUUUGGCCUUUGAUCAUCGGCAGAAAACGCAUGGAAUUAAUAGGAUUUUCUUUAGCGACGCUCAUUAUGGGAAUAUACAAAUGAUCAAUGACGACUGGACAGGACGACACAUCAUUGCUGAGAAUGUAGGCUCUGUGGAGGGCUUGGCGUACCACCGAGGCUGGGAUGUUCUCUACUGGACGAGCUCUACCACGGCCACCAUCACCCGCCACAACAUCGACCAGACCAGACCAAACACCUUUAACAGACACACGGUGGUCUCUUUGUCUGAAGAAGACCAUCCGCAUGUUCUCACACUGGAUGAGUGUCAACGCCUGAUGUUUUGGACUAACUGGAAUGAACAGCGGCCAAGCAUCAUGAGAUCGACCCUGACAGGCAGAAAUAUCAGAGUCAUCGUUAACAUCGAUGUCACCACUCCUAAUGGACUCACAAUUGACCACAAAGCCGAAAAGCUGUACUUUUCUGAUGGCAGCCUUGGCCACAUCGAGAGGUGUGAUUAUGACGGCUUAAACAGAUACGUCAUUGUGAAAUCAGGGCCCGGAACGUUCUUUGGCUUGGCAAUUUACAGAGACUUCCUCUUCUGGUCCGACUGGGUACAGCGUGCCGUGAUCCGCUCUGAUAAGUUCACUGGAGCCAAUAUGAAAGUUCUCCGGGCCGACAUCCCUCAUCAACCAAUGGGAAUACUCGCCGUUUCCAAUGACACCAACAGCUGUGAGUCGUCCCCCUGCAGCGUAAAUAAUGGAGGAUGCCAUGACCUCUGCCUUUUGACCCCACUUGGUGUGGUAAACUGUAGUUGCCGUGGGGAACGCAUGUUAUUGGAUGAUAACAGAUGUGUAUCCAUGAACUCCUCCUGUAACAUCCACUCUGAGUUCCAGUGUGGGAAUGGCGAAUGCAUUGACUACCAGCUGACAUGUGAUGGUAUCCCUCACUGCAAAGACAGGUCGGACGAGAAAAUGCAGUACUGUGAAAACCGGAAUUGCAGACAUGGCUUUAAAUCUUGCUAUAACCAGCGCUGUGUGGCCAACCAUCGCUUUUGUGAUGGAGUGAAUGACUGCGGAGAUAACUCAGAUGAAGUUUACUGUAACAAUUCCUCGUGUUUGUCCUCAGAACGGCUUUGCACAGAUGGUUCUUGUGUUCCCUUGUCAUCCUGGUGUAAUCAGAUCAUUGAUUGUGCUGACGCAUCAGACGAGAAAAGCUGCAAUAGCACAGACUGUGUGGAAUACUACAGACUGGGUGCUCGUGCCAGCAAGAGUGGGCCGUUUCUAAGCUGCAAUUCUACAUCACUGUGUGUUCAUCCCUCGUGGCUCUGUGACGGAGCCAAUGACUGCGGGGAUUACGCAGAUGAAAUACACUGCCAGGCCUCUGCAGUACAUACGUGCGAGGAUGCCCAUUUUGCAUGUCCCAGUGGAAACUGCAUCUCCAGCGUUUGGUUGUGCGAUGGACAGAAAGACUGCGAGGAUGGAGCCGAUGAAUUCCAAUGCAAUUCAUCAUGCCUCUGGAAUCAGUUCGCCUGCUCGAAAAACAAGUGCAUCGCCAAACAGUGGCUCUGUGAUGGGGAGAACGACUGUGGUGAUGGAUUGGACGAAAGCGAGGAAAUUUGCGGUUCAACAACUUGUUCCCCUGGUUUGUUUAGCUGUCCAGGCUCAUACGCUUGUGUACCACGAAACUGGUUAUGUGAUGGGGAAAGAGACUGUCCUGAUGGUAGCGAUGAGCUAGCAGCUGCUGGUUGUGCUCCGAACAACACGUGCACAGAGAGCAUGUUCCAGUGUCAGAACCAAUACUGUGUUCCGCGGCGUUUCAUAUGUGACCAUGACGACGACUGUGGCGACGGUUCUGACGAAUCUCUGGAAUGCGAGUACCGUUUAUGCAAAGAGGAGGAGUUCCGCUGUGCAGACGGGCGGUGUUUACUGAGUGCCCAAUGGGAGUGCGACGGCUUCCCCGACUGUCUCGACCAAUCAGACGAGCUGCCAUUGAACCCGAAAUGUUCUGCUGCAGAAAGUUUGUGCAACGGUACGGUUUUCAUGUGUGCAAACGGUCGCUGUGUUCCACUGGGAAGCGUGUGUAAUCUGCAUGAUGACUGCGGGGACCGCUCAGAUGAGAGGAACUGCCACGUUAAUGAGUGUUUAAACCGUAAAGUCAGCGGCUGUUCUCAGGACUGCCAAGACCUGCCCGUGGGAUACAAGUGUACAUGUUGGCCGGGAUUUCGUCUCAAAAACGAUGGCAGGACUUGCGUCGACAUUGACGAAUGUUCUGAGAACUUUCCCUGCAGUCACCAGUGCAUCAACACCUACGGAUCUUUUCACUGCCUUUGUGCUGAAGGAUACCAGCGGCCCGCCAGUCACCCGCAUAGCUGCAGGUCUCUCUCAGCUGAAGAACCUUUUCUUAUUCUUGCUGACCAUCAUGAGAUCAGAAAGAUCAGUCUGGAUGGAUCAAAUUACACCCUUCUGAAACAGGGACUCAGUAAUGUCAUCUCUCUAGACUUUGACUACAGGAAGGAGUUGAUCUAUUGGACUGACACUAGCAGGCCCAGCGGGCGCAGAAUAAACAGAAUGCGACUCAAUGGAAGUGACCUUAAGGUGGUUCACAGAACGUCGGUCCCAAGUGCUCUCGCUGUUGACUGGAUCGGGAAGAACUUGUACUGGUGUGACGGCGAGAGGAAAACCCUGGAGGUGGCGAAAGCGAAUGGACUCUACCCAACUGUACUGCUUAAGAGUGGGCUGAGAAAUCCAUCCGCUUUGGCACUGGACACAUUGACGGGGUUUGUGUUCUGGAUCGACUGCUGUGAUCAGCCCCAUAUUGGACAGAUUGGGAUGGAUGGCAGUAAGCCGCGUGUCAUCAUCGACACAGAAAUACACGCCCCCUCGGCACUGACCAUUGACCACAUCAAUAAAAGGAUAUACUGGGCCGAUGAGAGCCAUAUCUUAUUUUCUAAUAUGGAUGGCUCGAAAAGACACAAAGUCCCCAUCAAGGACAUAGGUGGUGUAACUGGUCUCACGUUGUUUGAAGACUUCAUCUACUGGAGUGACCAGAAGUCUAAAACCCUUAGCCGCUCUCAUAAAACUUCGGGUGGCCAGCAAAUGGAGAUCCUCAGCUCUUGGCAAACCAUCCGAGACAUUAAAGUCUACCAUCCCCUCCGACAGCCUGAUGUCCCAAAGCAUCAGUGUCAGAUGACUAAUGGAGGGUGUAGUCACCUAUGUCUUCUUUCCCCUGGAGGGGGUUACAAGUGUGCCUGCCCUACACACUUCUACCUGGCCAACGACAACAAGACCUGCCUGUCUAACUGCACUGCCAGCCAGUUCCGCUGUGGUACAGAUGAGUGUAUUCCGUUCUGGUGGAAAUGCGACACUGUGGAUGACUGUGGUGACGGAUCUGACGAGCCAGCAGAUUGUCCGGAGUUUAAAUGCCAGCCUGGAAGGUUUCAGUGUGGAACGGGUCUGUGUGCCCUCCCUCCCUUCAUUUGUGAUGGAGAGAACGAUUGUGGAGAUAACUCAGAUGAAGCCAACUGUGACUCGUAUAUCUGCCUGUCUGGUCAGUUUAAGUGCACGCACAGACAAAAGUGCAUCCCUAUAAACCUUCGCUGUAACGGACAAGACGACUGUGGUGAUGGCGAAGACGAAACAGAUUGCCCUGAAAACACUUGCUCGCCAUCCCAGUUUCAGUGCAAGACCACCAUGCACUGCAUCUCCAAGCUGUGGGUGUGUGACGAAGACCCCGACUGCGCCGAUGGCUCAGACGAGGCCAACUGCGAUGAAAAGACGUGCGGACCACAUGAAUUUCGCUGCAAGGACAACAACUGCAUACCAGACCACUGGAGGUGCGAUGGGCAGAGUGACUGCGGUGACAAUUCGGAUGAAGAAAACUGCAAGCCCGUUACAUGUAACUCUAAGAAUUUCGUAUGUGCAAAUGGAGAGUGCAUUUCCUCCCGGUUCCGCUGUGAUGGUGACUUCGACUGCACUGAUAACUCUGACGAGAGAGGCUGUGAGAGCCACUGCUCUGAGGAUCAGUUCCAGUGUGUGAAUCAUCUCUGUAUCUCCAUCAAAUGGCUCUGUGAUGGACAGGAAGACUGCAAAACCGGAGAGGAUGAGGCCAACUGCAGCCCUGCCAACACAGCCAUGACAGCUCGGCCGACAUCCUGCGGUUUGAACGAGUAUGUGUGUGUCGGAGGGGGUUGUGUGUCGGCCAACCAGCGUUGUGAUGGACAGUACGACUGUUCUGAUGGAUCUGAUGAGGUAGACUGCAUCCGCGAGUGUAAGGAGGAAGAGUUCCUCUGUCGAAAUCGAGCACACUGUGUUCCCGCUCGCUGGAGGUGUGACAGAGUCUUCGACUGCCUGGAUCAAAGUGAUGAAGACAGCUGUGAUCAGGGUUCAUUGGCAUGCCGUGCAGAUGAGUUCAUUUGCAACAAUACAUUGUGUAAGCUGCUUGUUUGGGUGUGUGAUGGUGAAGAUGACUGCGGGGACAAUUCUGAUGAAGAUUCGGACAUGUGUGGAAAGUUGCCAUGUCCACCGAACAGACCUUUCCGCUGUAAGAAUGACAGAGUUUGUUUGCGAUCCGAACAAAUCUGCAAUGCAGUAAAUGACUGUGGCGACAAUUCUGACGAAGAAGACUGCGUGGAUGUGGUCAAGAGGCCAAGGCCAUGCGGGAAAACCGAAUUCUCUUGUUCCAACCAGCGUUGUAUCCCGCCCGAACUGCAGUGUGAUCACUUCGAUGAUUGUGAAGAUGGCGGCUCAGAUGAGCGCGACUGCAAGGCAUAUUCUGCAGAAGGUGCUUGCCGAGGACGGGUGGACAUGUGUGGCGAUGACGCAUUUUGCAACUAUACGAAAACACCUUCAAUAUGUCAGUGCAAAGAAGGCUUCCAGAGGAACUUAAAGACCAAGCAAUGUGAAGAGGUGAACGAGUGUCUGCAGUUCGGGACUUGCUCACAGUACUGCACCAACACGAAGGGGUCAUUCAAGUGCACUUGUGACCGCAACUUCAAGGAGAUAGAUGGGGAAUGUAUCACAAAAGGACCAGAGGAUCAGAUCCUCUAUGUGGCCAACGACACUGAAAUCCGAAGUUUCGUGUAUCCGUACAACCAGACUCACGGACACACGCAACUCGCCCGUAUUUCAGAAAACACACGCAUCAUCGGCAUUGACGCCCUUUUUCACCAUCACAAGUUUGUAUGGGCCACGCAGUUUAACCCCGGGGGAAUUUUUUACAAAGAUCUCCAGGACAGGAGUCCAAUCACAUCAAACAGUGGAGUCAUAUGUCCAGACUUUAGGAGACCCAGGGAUAUCUCAGCAGACUGGGUAACAGGGAACCUGUACUGGACGGAUCACUCCCGGAUGCACUGGUUCAGCUACUACACAGCACACUGGCGACGACUUCGAUAUUCCAUCAAUGUAGGACAGCUAGGGGGUCCCAACUGCACCCGACUCAUCACAGACAUUGACGGGGAACCUUUCGCCAUUACCGUUAACCCCGUACGAGGGAUGGUGUACUGGACCGUGAUUGGUGACCAUUCUCUCAUCGAGGAGGCCGCCAUGGACGGAUCUCUGCGUCGUAUUCUGCUGGAGCGUAACUUACGAAGGCCGACGGGACUUGCAAUUGACUAUUACAACCAACGGUUAUACUGGGCAGAUUCUGAGUUGUCUCAAAUCGGCAGUGUGCGCUUCGAUGGCUCUGAUUCGCUGGUGGCUGCCAGCAUUCAAAAUGGAAUUUCUCAACCGUUCCGAAUUGACCUGUUUGAGGACUACAUCUACGGCGUCGGCAUGAAGCAUGAGAUCUUCAGGGUUCAUAAAUACGGAAAGCUGACCGCUGAGAGGCUCAGUCUGGGUGUGGAGAGGGCGUCCAGCAUCCUGGUCUUCCAUCGGUACAAACAGCAGGAGGUCUCCAACCCAUGUGCAAAGAUGAACUGCCCCUUUCUUUGCCUACUAAACCCCAAUGGAGCCAGUUGUGUGUGCACUGAGGGGAAAACUCUGGUCAACCGGACCUGCAGAGACACCAACAUCUCAGGAGAGCUCUGUCGUCCAGUUUGUGAGAACGGAGGUCGCUGUGUGACUAAUGAACGAGGGGAAUCACGUUGUUUUUGCUGGCCAAACUAUUCUGGAGAACGCUGUGAGAUCAGCCACUGUAAGAACUACUGCCACAAUGGAGGCACUUGCACAGGAUCUCCAUUAGGAAAGCCCACAUGUCGCUGUGCUGUGGGUUUCACCGGCUCUCUCUGUGAGAAACGUGUCUGUGAUGGGUACUGCCUGAAUGGCGGAACAUGCGACAUGACACUGGGAAACCAACCCGUGUGCCACUGUCUGGCAGAGUACACCGGAGAACGCUGCCUACACCAUAUUUGUCACCAUUAUUGUGUAAACUCCAAGGCGUGCACCUUGUCCAGCUCGGGACAUGUCGAGUGUGUAUGUCCCACCCGCUACGAGGGGCAAAAAUGUGAGACGGACCGAUGUCUUCGCUGCCGAGGGGCCCCGUGUAUUGUUGAUGAUAAGACUGGAGAUGUUGCUUGCAACUGUACUAAUGGCAGAAUCGCAGUCAGCUGUCAGUUGUGCGAUGGAUACUGUUAUAACAGCGGAACCUGCCACCUCGACUCGGAGACAGGCCUGCCGUUCUGUCAUUGCCCGUCUGAGUUUAAAAGCCCGAGGUGCGACGAGAGAGCUAACCCUUGCGAACACUACUGUCAGAACCAGGGCGUUUGUUCCCUCACCACCUAUAACAAACCCAGCUGCAAGUGCUCUGCAAACUGGUCAGGUACACAAUGCGAGAGACCAGCUACCAAGACCAGUCGUUCGGAAAACGUCAGUGGGAGAAGUAUUGCCAUAAUAGUGCCUCUAGUUCUUCUUGUGAUCAUCAUUACAGCUGUUACGGUGGGGCUCCUUAUUUGCAAAAGACGUCAAAGAGGUAAACAGGUUCAACGGCAGCCCAUGGCGAAUGGUGGCCUGAAUGUAGAGAUCGGAAAUCCGUCCUAUAACAUGUAUGAAGUUGACCACGACAAUCACGUAGACGUUGGAAGCUUUCUGCACCCUAGCUUCACCCUUGACCCUCAUAAGGGCUGGUGUGUGAAGUCGAGUGACCCUCGCAAUUUACCCGCACACCCUUUAUCUGCACACACUCUACCUAUCCAAAAUGUUCCAAAGGAACUCAUUCCAGGACAGGCCAUGAACUAUUCAAAACCCAUCUACUCAAAGAUGUAUCAUCAUGGACAGCACUGUCGAAAGCCAGUCAUCAGCCUUGAAGUGAGGCGUGAACUACACCCAAAGAGACUGGAAACAGCGAUUCGAGAAACGGCGGCGUGACCUAGCUUUUCCACAAUCUGCUUCUUUUUUAUAUAUAUAUAAAAGAUCUGUAUAAAAUGUACAAAAAGAGGGAAAUGAACUUUUUAUGUCCAGCCAGGUUAAAUCAUCUGUUUUUGCUUGUCACUUCAUUUUGUGUCCCACAUAAAUGUGCCAUUAUGAUGUUGUCUGAGUAACACUGUUUUUUGGAUUUUUUUACAUUUUGUUUUUGGUUUGUUUUGUUUCUUUUUUGUUAUAUAAUUGUUUGUUUCUGUUGUUGACUCUUUUUUUUCUGUUUCGUUUUACAAGUUUUUUUUUUUCGCUCUCUGUGCUGCAACUGAAAUACCUUUUUUAUAAACAAUAAAUGUAGUGUUUUUAUUUUCUUUGUAGCUCUGUACCUGCACUACACAAAUACAAAAAAUGACAUGAAAAACAAACAUUCAAAGCUGCUCAAACUCAAAAGGCUUUAUAUGUAAGGACAUUAAAUACAAUUUUGUAUAGGUUUACUUACGUACACAGUAUGUAUGUUUUUCCUGUUGGUGUUAUGAUCGCCAAUGCCUAGAUAUUCCCAAGUUGCCUCUUACAUUUAGCAGUAUUAGGAAAAAAAAGAGACACAUAUUUAAUCAAUGCAUCAUAUGCUCACAUUGCACAGAUUUUAUUUUUGAUAUUCCGUAUUGAUUCUGCAUAUACGUUUCCCAUAUUUUGAUAUUUAAGUUGACCAGUGUUGCUAGAUGAUUUGAAUAUGCACAGUCAAAACCUAAAAUGAAACAUUUGGAUAUUUCAUAAAAAUAUCUUUCAGCAGUGACAGGGGCUAUAAAAUACAUUUUAAUUUACAGAGAUUCACUUUCACUGUAUAUGUUAUGCCAUGUUUGGAAGAAAAAAACAUUCUCUGUGCAAAUGUACACAACUAGAGGAGGAGAUAAAAGUUUUAUAAUUUUAUAGUUGAUUUGUAUGUCCAGUUUGCUUGUAUUUUCUGGAAAUGUAUUCAAUGUAGAACUUUUAUACCAAAAAAAAAAAAAAAAUGUAUACAGUAUAUUGGUCCGUCUUCACUAUGGGUUGCAACUGAAGUGAUUUUUUAAUGAUAAAUCCUGUAAUAAUCCAUAAGCUUGACAUUGUACAGAGUAAUCACAAAGAUUGCUACUGUUUUAAAGGAGUGUAGGAAAUGGUUUAAAUACAGUAUGUAAUUUAAAUACACACAUACAGAUACACCUAAUGUGAUUUUGGACCAAGAACUAUGAAAUAAAAUGGUUUUUCUUGCCAUUUCAAAUGUGCCACAGUUACUUCAAAAUGAGUU